AUGAUACAAUCCGACUAUGGCCGCACUAAGGUCUCCGAGGCUAAGAAGAACAUCAAGCGCCUACAGAAGAUACUCGACAAGUUCCAAGAAUACCAUCAGUCUAUCCAACAGGAUGAACAAGAACUACAGCACCUGCGAAAAGAGCUCUCCGUCUUUGAAGAUAACAAGGAAUACGAAUACAACCCUAAUUGCACCGUCUGCCGUUCUAAACCCUGGGUCGCACGCAUCGCUGAGCUCAAGAACAACAUCAAGGCCAUUGAAAAGGUUCUCAAUAAACACCAGACUGCCUUGAAUAAGUACAUUAUGAAAUAUCAUGAAGAGGACACUCAAGAUGAACUUGAACAGCUACAGGAAUGGCUCGAUCAAUACGAUGAGGACAAGUACAAGUCCUAUUGUAAGCUACAGAAGGAAUGGGACGAAUAUGACAAGUGCGCUAACGAGAUCGAAGAUACCAACCACAAGAUCCUCUCCCUACAGAACGAUAAGGAUGGGUUGAGGGCUAAACAACAGCAGCUCCAAACACAACUACAAGAAUCUAAGGACAGGCUCUCCAAAUAUCAAACCAUGGUUGAAACCAUCGAUCUCGCUCAACAAUGGGAUGAUUAUGACGAGUUUGUCUUGUAUCACAAGCUCCUCCGUGGCCGCUUCGAGAAACAACUCGAUACAUGGAAACGCACCUUCUUCAACCUUGAUUCCAAGCUUAACCUGAAACAACAGAAGCUUAACCUCAAGAAACAGAUUGACCUGGCUCAGAACGCAUUCAAUGAACACAACAUCUCCCACGCACGCCUUCAAGAACGCAUCGAGACACACAACCGCCUCAAGGAACAGUACUUCAUCACCUCGAAGGCCUUUGAAAAUAUACAUCGCACUCCCGAUAAUCUCUCCAUCAUUCAAUGCGGUAACUCCAUCACACUCUAA